GCUCCUUAGGCCGACCGGCUCCUGGGGUCCGGGCCUCGCCGCGAUGCCCAGCCCCCGGAGGAACGUCGAGGGACGUCCGCUGGGCGCCUCCGCCUCAAGCAGCGGCAGCCCCGGCAGCCCGGCCCACGGCGGCGGCGGCAGGUUCGAGUUCCAGUCACUGCUCAGCAGCCGCGCGCCGGGCGCGGACCCCACCUGCGCCCGGCUGCGCGCCUCCGAGAGCCCGGUGCACCGCCGCGGGUCCUAUCCCUCGGCUGCGGCGGGCCCCUCGCAGACGCCGCCGCCCCCGCCGGCCGAGGAGGACUGCUUGGACCUGAACCCGUCCUUCCUGGUCAUCGCCCUGCGCUCCCUGCUGGCCAUUGACCUCUGGCUGUCCAAGAAGCUAGGGGUGUGCGCCGAGGAGAGCUCGUCCUGGGGUAGCGUGCGACCCCUCAUGAAGCUGCUGGAGAUCUCGGGUCACGGAAUCCCCUGGCUGCUGGGCACCCUCUAUUGCCUGUACAAGAGCGACAGCUGGGCUGGGCGCGAGGUGCUUAUGAACUUGCUCUUCGCCUUGCUGUUGGACCUGCUGCUCGUGUCCCUGAUCAAAGGGUUGGUCCGCAGGCGCCGUCCGGCCCACAACCAAAUGGACAUGUUUGUCACCUUCUCGGUGGACAAGUACUCCUUCCCCUCGGGCCAUGCCACCAGGGCUGCCCUGGUGGCACGGUUUAUCCUGAACCACCUAGUGCUGGCCAUUCCGCUAAGGGUGCUGGUGGUACUGUGGGCCCUCAUCUUGGGCCACUCCAGGGUCAUGCUGGGGAGGCACAAUGUGUCCGACGUGGCUUUUGGCUUUCUUCUGGGCUACAUGCAGUACGUUAUCGUGAACUAUUGCUGGCUUUCACCGCACAAUGCUGCCGUGCUCUUUGUACUGUGGAACCAAUAAUGACACCAUUUCAUUAGUUACGGCACCACCGAGAGAUCUGAAGCUUUCCACAUGUGGUGAUGCCGACGUAAACCAGCAGCCAUCCUGCUUGACCCUCUAAGGACAUUUCUGGCUUCCUUCGGGAUUUUAGGUGUCCUACCAUCUUGAUGGGUUGCUAGGCUGGAGCACCAUGCUGGCUGUUACUGAUCACAGCCAUAUUAUAGAGAGCAAAAAAAAAAAAAAAUCCCUCUAUUAUGUAGUUAUUCAACAACUGUUUAUAUCUCCAGGAGAACUGCAAAGAAACCAAGCUGGGGUGAUUAUAAUGUUGCUGUUUCUUCAAGUUGACAUCAGUAAAUUUUAUGUUUUGUAGUAAUCCCGUGAGUCAACAUACCACUUGUAAAUUGAACACUGAAAAUAAGAAUGUGAUCUUCAUUCUGUAAAUAUACAUGCAACUGAGCCAUG